UCAGAUUCAGAAUAAUACUGCUCUUCGACAGAAAUACUUCCGAUUGCACAAAUUAAAGAAGAAGAGGAAAAUACUAAUCGCCCAAGUUCAAGAAAAAGAAGAAGAAGAAGAAGAAGAAGAUUAACAAUACCAUCAAUUUCAUAAUCGUUGUUAGUACGCAAUUUUCCUCUUUUCUAGUUUCUUAUUAUUAGUUGAUAGAAAAACUUUACAAAGAAUGGCUUGUAGACUGUCCACCAGAUUAUUAAACAUAUGCAUAGCAUCUUUUGGAAGAGCACGACAAUUAGAAAGAGCAGAAUCAGCCCUUAUUGAUGGUAUAAGAUUAGGGCUAUCACCUGAUGUUGUUACUUAUAAUUCUCUAAUUGAUGCUUACUCUCGUCUGGAUAGCUUUGUUGCUGCAUAUUCAGUUCUUGGUAGAAUGACACAAGCUGGUAUAAACCCAGAUGUUGUUACAUACAAUUCUUUGAUAGCUGGUGCGGCUAGAAACUGCUUAUUCUCGAAAUCCAGUGAACUGUUUGAUGAAAUGCUCGAAUUGGGUAUUGUUCCUGAUAUUUGGACUUUUAAUACUUUGAUUCAUUGCUUCUUUAAGUUAGGAAAUCCUGAAGAAGCAACCCGGUUUUUUGAAGGUAUUUUUUAUCAUGGUUUACUCCCAUGUCCGACUACUUUUAAUAUUAUGAUUAAUGGUCUUUGCAUGAAUGGUUAUACGGAUAAUGCACUUAGGUGGCUUCGGGAUUUACAAAGGAAUGGGUUUGUUCCAGGACUGGUUACUUAUAAUAUUCUUCUUAGUUGGUUCUGUAAAGCUGGGAGAUUGGGGACAGCAAGGAGAAUCCUUAAAGAGCUUGCAGCAUCUGGUUAUGCGCCAAAUGCCGUAACUUAUACUACGGUUUUGAAAUUCUGCUUGAGAUCUAGGAAUUUUGAACAAGCGCUUGAGAUAUUGCAAGAGAUGAGUGAUAAAGGUUAUACUUAUGACGGCUUUGCAUAUUGCACUGUAGUAGGAGCUUUAGUCAAGAUUGGUAGGAUCAAAGAGGCAACUUAUUAUAUGGAGAAGAUGGUGAGAAGUGGUGUUGAGCAUGAUUUAGUUUCUUAUAAUACGCUACUUAAUUUGUAUUGUAAAGAAGGUAACGUGGAAGCUGUAUAUCAAUUGCUUGGUGAAAUACAAAAAGGAGGGUUAGAAUGUGAUGAGUAUACACACACAAUUUUGAUAGAUAAUAUGUGUAAGACAGGUAAUAUCCAGGGGGCACAACAGCAUAUGAAGGAGAUGGGUCUACAUUCGCACUUGGUUGCUUUAAAUUCUGUGAUUGAUGGGUUGGGCAAAGCUGGUGAGAUUGAUCAUGCUUUGAAAAAGUUUGAAUCAAUGGAGGCUGCGGAUUCAUUUACCUACUCUUCCUUAAUCCACAAUCUUUGCAAGGCUAGAAGGUUCCUUUGUGCAUCCAAGCUCUUAUUCUCUUGUUUAAAAAGUGGCAUGAAAAUGCUUCCAUCAGUUAAGCGGGCUGUGAUUGAUGGUCUUCAUUAUUCUGGUUUCCAUAAAGAAGCAAGGAACCUUAGAUCAAAAAUUCGAUUGCUUGUGAAACUACAUUGAUGAUUCCUCUGUACCCCUUUAGAUGCAGUUUUGGAAGUCAAGAUUUUUUUUACUCCUGAAAGUUCACUUAAUCUGAUUAUCAUUCUUUUUGAAUUGAAUCUUUCUGAUUCUAUAGGCAUUUUUUCAUUAAUUUCCUCCAUUCCAUUUCGUAAAAAAUCAUUUGAUUAGAAAGGAUGGAUGAAACACACUCAAAGAAGCUCUCUGCAAUGUUGCUCACUGGAAGCUAGGUUUUGAUUUCUUACUCAGUGCAUAUUGGUAAUCCAUCUUCAAAUUUCUCUCCUAUUAGGUCUAAUCUGGCUGCAAGGUAUGCAGGGAAUUCAACCAAAUUGGGAAACGGGUAGGGUUCUAUGCCAAGGUCCAAUAACAUGUAUUUAUAGCACCUGUGAAGCAUCAGGUCGGGGACAUGGAAAGGGGGUUUAAGAUCCUACCUCUCAUUUGGCGCAUCAGAACAAAAUACUUCAAUUGGUACUUCUACUAUUCCUCUAGCAACUGAACAAUUCAAAAUUUGCCACCAGAUGAUAUUCCAAUUCCACCAUAAUUUGAGUUUAUGUGAGAUCAUGAUGUAAGAGAAAUUGCUGCAGGAUUUCCUUGGGAAAAGGAAAAGAAGAAAAAGGAGAAUACAAACACUAUUAACGAGAAGAAAAAAGUGCAAGGGGGGAACCAAAAAACUAAGAUGUGGGAUUAGGAAAUGGAGAAAAGAUGAAAGUUACCUUUUAGAAGAAUUGUUGUGUUGUCAUUCUCAAGGCAUCUUGGGAAAAUUAGUCGUGAUCCUAAUAUUUGUCCAGUGCAAGAGCAUUUACAUGGAAAGUGCCACAACUCCAGAGGAACCACAUAUGGGAUGCUAUCAAGGUGUUGUGGGUUAUUAACAUGCACAAAAGUACCUUUACAAUAUAAUGCCCUAAAGCUGAGGCCUGGACUUCAAACUUCAUAAUCUAGUCAUGAAUCUGACACAUUAGGCGUUUGUAAUAAAUUUAGCUAAUCUUGUUUGAAGAAGAGCAAAGAAAUAUAGUGAUAUUGUGUUAUUAUUUCCUGUGUAACCCAUAAUGUUAUUU